GAUGAACCCUCCCAACGCCACAUCUGGUCCAGACCAAGGGCUUCCAUUCCUUAUCCCAUCCGCCUCGCUCUCCUGCUCGCGAGAGCAUCCGUCCGAUUGCUCUACUAAGCGUGUAAAGAGAAUGAGUUCCGCGGAUGACUCAAUUUUACAUGCCCCACUCCACUUAUUUACUGAUCGCCUAAAUCGAAAGUCAUGAGUGCUCACUACAUGUACACUGGAGCUCAUCUCGACGUUGUACCUGACAUGCGGGCACAGCAUGGCUUCCAUCAAACGCAUCCCCGUCAGACUCCCAGCCGAGACGGUACCGACCAAGCGCGUGCUCAGAGACAUUCUUGCCGCCUUCUUCUCCCAUGAAUGGCCCGCAAUCGACCCGGAAAGCCUGGAAAUGUUCUAUAAACCCAAUUUCAACAACCCCCACUGCACGGUAGAACGGCCCGCGCCACUAAACCGCACGCCCGCCGAACCAUUGAAGCUGUUCAUGAAGUUUCUGGACGAAUCCAAGUCAGGCAUUGCGGCAUUCGAGCACUUGGCCCCGCGAGUGGAGCAAGAUACGUUGCUUUGCCACGAGUAUAGCCUGUCGGGAUUGGGGGCCAAGGUGUAUGGCUUCUUCCAGACCGAGGACGGGAUGAAGGGCAGGAUUGAUGAGUUUUUGGACGCGCGGAACUUGGAGCCGGAAGACGUGGAAGACGCUGUUGUCAGAGCGGAUAUUGCUAAGGCCUUUGCUAAUUUCCAUGCGAUGGAAUUCACCCUGCCUAAGAGACCUGUGGCUGCCUACUACGAUGCUAUCGUACCGAGUCUCCGAAAGCACCAUGAAAUGGAGAGUCUCAAAGCACUGGGCAAGCAAGGAGGAGUGAGCAUUGACGACCUGGUAGACUAUGACUUCGCAUCGAGAGUAGGCGUCGUGGUCAAUGCGAUGGAAGCCAUCCGGGCCAAGGCCGGCUGGUGUCUUCACGAUGUACAGUACAUGAACACCAUGGUCAAGAAUCGCCCGCAGUCAGGUGAAAACAGAGUGGUUCUCAUCGACUUUGAAAUGGUCAUGCGCAACUAUCGCGGCUUCGACAUUGGUGGGCACUUUAUGCAAAAGAUGUUCAAGUGGUUCGACGAGGAGAGCAAGAUUGUUGACUGCAGAAAGUACACUAAGGCUGAGAAACGGCAUUUCUGUAACGAGUACGCGAAGGAAUGGAACAAGGUGACUGGCGACUCGGAUACGGUGGAACAGGUUUAUCUUGAGGCCGAGUAUGGGUACAUGCUGGCCAUUGCAUUUGACGUUCACAACAUGCUGUGGUAUAUGAACAAGACCGACGGGCACGAUCCGUUGGACCUGGACGGACUCAAUAAGCUGUAUAGCGAAUUCGUAGGCCAGUACGAAAAACUUGGGUUGUAAGAAUGUGAGGUCAAUCGACUGAUUGUUAUGCUCCCGAAGACACGUAUUGACUCGCCGGUUUGGCCGUCUCGACCGGCUGGCUGCCUUGCCUUUGGCGAAGGUGGUAGAGAGAUAGCCUUAUGGCUGACAAGCCGUGUUUUAUCGGGAAACAAUCUACAUCCCACUUUGGACUGGAUUGAUAGUAGACUUCCGACGCCUCGAUUGUUUUACAUCUUCGAUA